AUGCGGCGCAAAGGUCCAUCAGGCGUCUGCUUUGAUUUCCAANAGGGCAAAUGCAGUCGCGGUGCAGGAUGUCCUUUCUCGCAUGACCUCACAGCACGCAACACACAUCAACGUCAAGGCUCUAGAAGAGACAAGGAUACGACUUCGCCAGUACUCGACAGUUGGAAAGACAUGGCCUUUCAAAAGUCUUCGCUGGGAUUUGGUCUGAGCAAGUUCCUUGAUCAGGCAUUGCACUUGAUCCAACUCGAUAAUGCUUACCGUCAAGAAGUCAUCAAGAGUCUCGCAACCGACAAAGGCUUGACCAAGGUCCUCGAACUUGUGAGCCAGAAAUUUGAAGGCAUGUCAGAGAAGACCCUCGUACACAUCUUCGUCUCCCAGAUCAGUCCUUUCUUCCGCAUCCUCUCCGAACAGCACGUCCUGUCUUCACCUCUUCUCGAACGUUAUCUCGGGGAUAUUUGCCAAUUUCUCUAUGGAGUGGGAGGUAGCAGAGGCGAAAAAUUGUUUGCUGCCGUCGUCCGAGCCCUGAGUGCACUGUUGCAGAAAUCUGACAUCGACUUCUUCACCUCGCUAGAAGCAUCUCUUGCGGUACUCGCUAAGCUUUUUGAGUUCAACAGUACAGCCAAAGUCACCNCCUGUCUCUCAACAUAUGCAACUGUUCUGGCCGCCAUGUUGGCACCCCAAUCUGAUCCGGCUGCAGACACUUUGCGCUAUCAAGCAGCAAAGCAUCUGGAAGAUAUCAACAAGCGUUUAGGCAUCGGCACUGCAAUUCGCAGUAUCGACUCCUCUCACACUCAGAAUGCCGGCACGGCUUCAAAGUCAACAUUCUCCCUGAAUCGCAGUCUCNCUGGAAGACUCCCUAAUGGACGGCCUCGACACAACAACGACUUCGACUCGAUCGAGAAGAUUCAGAUUAUGCCGACGUCAGAAGAAAUCCAGAGCACUCAUGCAGAAUAUCUUCCUUUGCAGGAUCCAUCUACCUGGCACAAGGGAGGUGUUGCUGGCCUUCUCGACCGUCACUUCAGGUUGCUACGCGAGGAUACUAUCGGCCAGCUGCGUGACAGUGCUCGCGUCGAACUCGAAGCUCUCCAAGGCUUGGAGCCUCAGCAUGGCAAGUCGACCCUCCGAAAGCAUACUUACAGAAACGUCCUCGUGGAACUGCCCAAGUUCGACUCCCUCCGAGGCUUGGAGUUUGUCAUCAGCUUCGAUCAGCCACCAGAGCUCAGAUCGAAAUCGAAGAAGCAACGUCAGGACUGGUGGGCUCAUUCGAAGAGAUUGGAUGGUGAUGCUCUCAUCUGUCUCAUCAGCUCAACCCGUGCGUUUGUCUUCUGCAGUGUCUGCUUCCCGCAUGAUCUGUCAAGAAGACCUGCAAAGGAUAAGGAUGAGGGUCCUGAUCCACACCGAAACAUCGUCUCGCACUCGGACAAUCGCGUUCGUGUGAUCGCCCGACCUAGUGAGAUGAACGCAGAGAGCAUUGCUCACAUCCUUGGUAUCUUCUCUCAAAAGGACUUUCAAGGCGGUCGUUCGUUAGUCGAAUUUCCCGGAGUGCUCCUCCCCGCAUUCUUGCCCACACUCACUGCUCUAAAGGCUAUCUCCAGAAGCGGAAACAUGCCCUUCUCCGACUUCCUUGCUCCCUCCCAACGUAGCGGAGAAGGUACUGUUAUCGUUCCACCACCCGCCUACUCUCAGAGAGCCGGAUUCAGUUUCGAGCUUGACUCUGUCAUUCAAGACGGGAGUUCAUCGUUCAAUCCCACAAAACUCAAGCAAUCGGACAUCGAUGCCCUUCAGAAGGCAUCAACCUUGGACAACACACAAGCCUCUGCGUUGCUGAGCUCACUUUCUCGAUCGUUUGUUCUCAUCCAGGGCCCUCCUGGAACCGGCAAAAGCUACACCGGUGUCGCAUUGAUGAAGACCUCGGUCAGCAACAAACAGACAUCAGCACUUGGCCCCAUUUUGGUCGUCACUUUUACCAACCAUGCUCUGGACCAGUCUCUUGAACAUCUUCUUGACCAAGGCAUAAUGCAGAUCAUCAGAUUAGGCUCAAACUCCAAGUCUGAGCGGUUGGCCGGCCUCAACAUCAGAAAAGUUGCCGCCAAGGUUGAACGGACGAGAGCCGAGAACUCCGAAUACGGAAAGACUAGAGGACAGAUGAAUGAUGAGACAGAAGCCAUCAAACGACAUCUGAGAAGUCUCGCUCGCGUCACGCAAGAUAUCAGAGACUAUCUGGCCCGAAAACAUCCUGAAUACCACGUACAGAUCUUUGGAGCUGGUCGUGACGAAGAGGGCUGGGAGGAAGAGCGACAUGGAAACAUGGGCCAACGCUUCAAAAAGUGGUUGCAUGGAGGCAAGCAUCUCCAAAGUGAUCGUACUCUUGAGGCAAUCACCAGGACCGACAAUGUGCACAAUCUUUCCAAUAAUGAGCGUCGCUUGUUGCACGACUACUGGCUUCGCCUGGCACAGAAGCGAACUCUAAAUACUCUCGUCAAUCGGGCUCAAGGAUUCAACGCACUCAAACUGAGACUAGACACCAUCAAGAACGAAACCGACCUUCGGGUGUCCAACGAAGCCAACGUCAUUGGUGUCACUACUUCAGGUCUUGCUUGUAACCUGGAACUUCUGCGCAAGCUACCUUCCAAGAUCCUACUGUGCGAGGAAGCCGGUGAGGUUCUCGAAUCCCAUCUUCUGACAGCUUUGCUACCGUCUGUUGAACACGCCAUCCUCAUUGGUGAUCAUCUGCAGCUGCGUCCGCAUGUUCAAUGCUACAAUCUUUCACAAGAAAGCGCUAGAGGUCAGCAACACGCCUUGGACACCUCUCUCUUCGAGAGAUUGGUCACCGCGACCGAUGGUGGUGCUCGUCUUCCGUUUAGUCGUCUCGACACGCAGAGACGUAUGCAUCCCGACAUUGCUGAGCUACACACAAAUGAUUACGAAGUGGAGAUGACAACUGCCCUGGUGUCCCACCUCAUUAAGCAAGGUGUACACAAGCCUGGGGCUAUCGCUGUCCUCACUCCAUAUGUUGGUCAACUUAAGAAGCUGCAGCUCCGUAUGCAGAGCGCCUUUGAAGUUGUCCUAGACGAUCGCGAUAUCAAGGUCUUGGAAGACGCGGGUCUAGAUGAUGCCGCGCAGUCAAGAGCUCCACCCGCGCCCGGUAUCCAGAAAGGCUCAAUGGCUUCAGCUGUUCGUAUCGCCACUGUCGACAACUUUCAGNGGGAAGAAGCUGAUGUCGUCGUGAUCUCCCUCGUGAGAAGCAACGACCAGCAAAAGUGUGGAUUCUUGCGUACCUCCAAUCGCAUAAACGUUCUCCUCUCACGCGCCAAGAAUGGCAUGUACAUCAUUGGCAACUCGGCUACCACGCAACAUAUUCCAAUGUGGACAGAAGUUCUUCAGCUUCUCCAGAUGAACGGCAAUGUCGGCGACGUUCUCGAGCUGUCGUGUGCAAGACACCCAGAAGAUGUCAUGGGAGUCACCAACGUCUACUAUGCGGCCAUGUCUGCGACAGCGCUUGUCACUCACAAGUCCUUCACGAUGCCGUCAAAUGUCUCGAGCCGUGUCCUAGACAGCCAGGCACCAACUCUUGCGCACAUGCGUGUCCCAACAAGUGCGGCGAGAUCUGCCCGGACAAAUGUGUGGCAAUCGCCAAAGACAUCACGGUUGAGCUCCCUUGCGGUCACAUCAAGACUUCUCUGCCAUGCUGGCAGUACUAUGAGCAAGAGCAGAUUGUUUGUCAUGAAACCGUCACGCGUGUGGUUCCUGGAUGUGGACAUGAAGUCCAAGUCAAGUGCUGCGUGGACGUGA